UUCGGUUCAAAUAAGUAUUUGCUCUUUUAGACUUGUGGAGGGUUAUUCGAGCAGUCUGUGACCUUUUAAACAAAAUGUUUCAAACAAUAGUUUUUUCCAUUCUGUCUUUAUUUUAUCUAACUGGUGUGUUUGGUGUUGAGAUCGCUCAAAAACAGACCAUAUCAGCGAUGGAGGGAGAUUCUGUCACUCUACUCACAGAUGUUACUGAACUGCAGAGAGAUAAUGUGCUGUUGUGGACGUUUGGACCUCAAGACACUCACAUUGCUAAAAUCAACAGAGUCCACAAUGAGACGUUUCACAAUGGUGCUGACGGGAGAUUCAGAGACAGACUCGAGCUGGACUCUCAGACUGGAUCUCUGACCAUCACAAAUGUCAGCACAGAACUCAAUGGACUUUAUAAAGUAGAAAUAGUCACUGAAAAUAAGGUCUCAUGCAAGGAUUUCAUUGUUAAAGUCUAUGCUCAUCUCCCCAUUCCUGUGAUCACCAGAUACUCUCCACAAAAUCCUCCAUCAUCAGUCUCCAGAUGUGAGCUGCUGUGUUCAGCAUUGAAUGUGGGUCAUGUGACUCUCUCCUGGUACAAAGGAAACAGUUUAUUGUCCAGCAUCAGUGUGUCUGAUCUCAGCAUCAGUCUCUCUCUACCUCUGGAGGUGGAAUAUCAGGAUAAAAACAGCUACAGCUGUGUGCUCAACAAUCCCAUCAGCAACCAGACUCAACAUCUGGACAUCACUCGUCUCUGUCAGAUAGAUGAUAAGAUCUUUAAAGUUGCAAAGACUAAAGUUUCAAACCCGAAGAGAUAA